CGUGAAAAAUACGCAUGCGUUGCUGUCAGCAGUGGAAAGUGAAGACAAAACGCCAGAACUUCAAGGUAGCAUUGUUGAUGCUACGAGUUUGCCUUUCGCGUGCCAGUGAAGUAUUGAUUAAAGUUGAAUAGAUUGUGCAAAUUGUAUCACUCGCUAAUGCAGCUCAUUGCGUCUUGCUAUCGUACAAGUGAAUCACAUGUCGUGACGAUAAAACUAACCACAAACAGUGGUGUAAAUCCCCAACCAACAAAUUUGUGCUCCAGCGAAGUGUGAAGCAUCACAUAAUGUGCCGAGAAAUCAAAGUACAAUAACACAACCGAAUGCAUAAGGGGUUCCAUGCACGGGCGUUAAAAAUAGCACUCGAGAAAACGUCCACAAGACACUAUCGGUGCUUCCCGCAUUGAUUUAGGCCAUCCAGUUUAGGUCCAGCAUCAUGGGAAACGCACAGACAGCGAGCAGUGAAAGUAACAAGGAUGGUAGCCUCCAGAAGCUACCGAAGCACAACUUGGUCAAAGGGCGUAGUUUUAUGAAGUUUGGCAAGAAGAAACAGCUGCUGGUGGACACCGGUGACGGCACCGCUACCAUGGCCAUCGACUGCAACAGCCGCUCUGAUGACGAAGACGGAUUUUCUCAUAUAUUGAUCGAAGCUGGGGGUGGUGGUGGUGGAACAUCAGCAGCAUCCUCCAACCGCCCCGGUCAAGGUCACCAACAGCAGCACCACCAGCAGCAGUUGUCGCAAUCAGCUGAUUCGCUGCUGGCAGAAAGUGCAGCGUUGAAGCGCGAAUUCGAGUUCGUCUCCGGCAGCGAGUGUUUCGUGAAAUGCGCCAAAACUGUAGCGGGAGCGCAUGCAAAACAGUACAUGGGCGAUAAUGGCCCUAUCACAGCCCCGCUAGACAAAGCCGACAGUGUGCAUGACAUAACUAAAACUCGCGACGCCGCAUCUUUCGCACUACCGGUGGCCGCUGCUACCAUGGGUAACUCAACAACGAUGACGACAUCGGCCAAUGCAGAAGACAAUAACAACAAAAUCGGCACAAGCGAGUCGCUGACCUCCAUCGGAUGCAGCGCCACUCAGCCAACAGUACCACUAACACCAACGCAGAAAAACAUCAACACAUCACCAACACAACCGCCAUCGGGGGAGCCACCAAGUAACAACUUACCGGCUCCGAUCGCUGCUAUAGCAACAAAGCCAAACCCAAACAGCCUCAGUAGCAAACUGGUUCUGAAUGAAAGCACAACGAAGCAACAGACCGUCUACAACUACGAUCCAGCGUCCGGAUCGAUUAUAGUGACCACUGACUCCUGGAAGCGAGCCCAAUCACUCAGCGAGAACGUGACCUCAGUGCAAGGGUCACUGGAGCAAUGCAAAGACCGUCCCGGCAGAUUCCACCUGCUCGAGCACACCACAUCGUCCAGUUCGGACUCCAUUUUCACCGAUCCCGCCACACCGAUCGGUCCAUUUGCGACAGAAAUUAACCAAGCCUACUAUUCCGAGGAGGAUCUUGCCGCAGCGCGAGACGAAGAGGAAUCGACUCCGGUUCGAAAGGAACCAUCGUCGACGGCACUCAAACUUCAGUGGCUCAGCGUGCACCGAAUCGAUCCGAUUGAUCUAUGCGCGAAUCAAUUAGCCGAUGAUAAUUGGAGGGAAAAGCUAUCCAUUGCGAACGUUUCGAACAUAUGUGUAAAAAGUAGCGGUUACAAAUGGACGGCAAAUUGUCAUGUGGAAGCCGUAAGCAAUAUCAGUUUAGACGGAGGCAUUAACGAAACCGAGUUCAAUGCUGAAGACACAACAGACGAUAAUUGUGCAGAAAUGGCGCUAAACUUACGCAACAAUAUGGCAACAUCCUGUGCUUCAGUGCACAUCCAGAAUACCGACGCAGUCACGACACCGACAGAGGAAACCAAGGACAAAGGCAUUUUCAACGUCGCACGGGUCAAGAAAGUCGAGCUCACGGAGAUAAAAACACCAAACUCUCUGUACGCAACACCACUCCCGAUUACCCAAUCCGUUGAACGAGUCAGUACAGUUUGUACGGAUCAGCAACAAUGGGUAACACCAAGACUGCCGGUAGGCGAAGGCAACGUCCUUCGCAAGGUAGUUUCGUUAUCGUCCGGAAAAAUCGGGGACAGCACGCCGGUCAGCAAAAUCUCCCGCCCGACGUUCGUGCCCGAGAAGCUGAACUUUUCGGCCUACGAGAAGUUUGAAGGCCAAAUGCUGAUGAAUUGGCUAGCGUCCACUCUCCAGUACACAAAUGUGACGGUCACCGAACAGGAACUCCACACGGUGAUGUUGCAAUACUGCACGAACCUGAUGGUGGCUGGUGUCAUCAAACAGAUACCCGAUAAGCUGGCGCCAAUUCAGGAGACGUUUCGGCCUAAUCUCAUGUACCAGUGGACACAUACAGAAGUACCCUCGCCUGCACCGUUAACACCGGGCCGAUUGGAACCGCACAUUGUCUGGCCGCAUGCAGUACCAUCCAUUGAAACAACCAAAUCGGCCGCGCACUCUACUACUGGUCCACCGGAGAAUGUGGAAGAUCGAACCGAAGAAUCCGCCAUGGCUCCGAAAACUAGCACCCCUAAACAGGACCCCAAACUGAAGGUCGACUUAAAUGUGGAAGAUCUGAAAAACAAAGUGAGCAGGUGUGAAACUUUGAGUGAUGUGAAGAAACUGAUUCGAACAUUCCUGACGGAAGUGGAUGGCGGUGAUUCAAGUCCAGUAGAGAUCGUUGAAGGAAAAAAUCGCAAAUGUUUACUUAGUGAUCUUUUGAACGAAAGCGACGUGACAAUCUAUCAAAUUGACAAAGAGGAUAAACUGCGCAGCCCGGAAGCAUCAUCGAAAAUACCACCCAUGGCCCCUCCAGUCGUGAGCAACGAAGGGGAUCAGGAAACACUACGUACUAAUGGAAAAUUUUCGAAUGAAUGUGGUUCCAACAGCAAUAAUGCAAGCUUACCUAACAGUAUUUCUAACCGCAAAGAAUGUUCCUUGCCACAUGUUAACACUAGUGAUAGCAUCAGUAACAUGACUAAUGGCACCGUGUUUAAUAAUAAUUUUAACGAAGCUAAUAUUUCGAACUACAUCUGUAAAAAUUGCUGCAAGCAAACCGUGACGUCAACCGGGUCAGAUUUGAAUGCCCUCGGAAGCCAGAAUCUCAGUGAAAGCGGUUCCGAUUUACGGUCGACUCAAUUAAAAAAUUUUGUUACUCAAGAAACUCAAACGGAUUUAGAGCCGGUUCCCUUGAAUACAAUUGGUUCAUAUUCUGUGCCUCCCCGCCCAUCACCUUCAUCCCCUCCUCCGGUGCCUCUUAUUCUGUUCGCUCCAUCACUACAGCCUCCACCACCACCCCCGCUGCCGCUUCCGCCACCACCACCGCCGCCACCACCAGCACUACCACCUAUAAUUCCACAAGCUCCUCCUCCCCCUCCACCGAUGCUACCAGGAGCACCACGUCCACCUGUACCGGGCGUACCUCCCUUGCCACCACCACCACCGCCGCCGUUUGCGCCAUCAUUGGCUCCAGUGCGGCCAACAAAUGGACCAUGUGCACCACCGCCUCCACCACUCCUCAACGCUGUCGCCGCUCUCACGGGACCAGGUAAAUUACCGUCAAACACUGCUCAGAGCGGCCAUGGCCAUGCGGCCGCGGCCGGCCCUCCACCGCCAUUACCAUUACCAAUACCAACGCCCGGAGGAUGGUAUCAGACGAAUACUCUUCGGAAAUCGGCCGUUAAUCCUCCCAAACCUAUGAAGCCUCUCUACUGGACUCGGAUAGUAGCACCAAAAAUGAGUCCAGUUACCGAGACGGACUCGGCCAUCAGUGAGGUAGCGGACGAGAUCAAACCCGCCCUCUGGCAGGAACUAGAAGAAACUAAUCUGGACAAUUUGGACGAAUUUACCGAGCUCUUCUCACGGCAAGUCGUGGUACCAAAGGUUCGAGAGAAAGUUGAAAAACCAGAAAAGACGCUCAAAGUGCUGGAUAGCAAACGAUCCCAGAACGUGGGAAUUUUCGCCAAAAGCUUGCACGUAGAUUUUGAUGAAAUCGAAUUCGCUAUCUAUCACUGCGAUACUUCGGUGGUCAACCUGGAAGCACUACAGAAGAUUAUGGAAAUUAAAGCCACUGACGAGGAGUUAGCUCAAAUCAAAGAGUGUGCCGAGGGUAACAUACCUCUAGAUCCACCAGAGCAAUUCCUACUGCGAAUCUCCAACAUUUCCUCAUUCUCCGAGCGCAUUUCCUGUAUCGUGUUCCAGGCGGAAUUCGACGAACAUUACAUUUCGGUGACUAGGAAAUUGGAAACCGUGAAGCAUACGUGCGAAUUUUUGAUCGAUAGCGAGGAGCUCAAGCAUUUGUUUUCAAUCAUUUUAACCCUCGGUAACUACAUGAACGGGGGCAAUCGAACGCGCGGUCAAGCGGACGGAUUUGGUCUGGAAAUUCUCGGCAAACUAAAGGACGUAAAAUCAAAAGACAACAACAUUACGCUGCUGCACUUCAUUAUAAAAACCUACAUCAGCCAGUGCCGCAAGAGUGGCCAGCUACUGCAUGACGUUAAACUACCAGUGCCCGAUCCUGGUGAUUUGGAUCGAGUCGUUCUGGUGGACUUUGACGACUGCAAAACUCAGCUCAAUAUGUUGAAGUCUAAGACCGAUGAAUGUCGUCGCAUAACAGACAAAGUCAUAGCGGAAUCCGCCGAAAGCAACAUUCACCCGUUCAAGGAGAAAAUGGAGGCAUUCAUCGAGGUAGCGACCAAACGUAUCGAAAAGCAGUACCGCAAGUUGGACGAGUGCAGAGAGAUUUUCACCAAAACGAUGAUAUUCUACAAAUUUACACCAAAAUCGGGCACCCUGGAAGAAUGCAAACCGGAGCUGUUUUUCGAACCAUGGACAUCGUUCUCGCAUGAUUUUAAAAACAUCUUCAAGAAAGAAAUUCUUCACCUCUCGAACGAACUAUUGAAGAAAACGAAACGGCCACCGCCUAGUGCAUCCACUUCUCAAAAGCAAUCAUCCACGGGGAAACUGAAGGCGGGAUCUUUGAAGGAGCGCCUCAAACGAUUGAGUAGUAAAAACUGAGGAAACUCGUAGACUGCUGCUAUGUGGCUAUAUAUCUAGCACAAUAUACGCUUAUUUCAGUAGAUUGCAUAACCGAUCAUUGUAAUUAACAUCGACGCAGUUAGAAUAAAACUAUUGAAGAAAAUAGUCAUACACAUCAACCUGACAGUAGGAUCGUUAUAGACUUCACUAGAUGCGGUACUUAUUUCGACUCAUGCGAAAAUGAUAGAUAUAAAUAAGUCGGAAUUUUUAUUUUAAGGUACGACAGAAAGUAUUUUUAAAAACUUCAGAUAUAAUCAACAUGAAACUCUUUAUCUAUUUAUCAAAUAAACUAUAUAUACUUGAGAGUUAGACAGCUA